GUUGUCGGCUUCUUAAUCGACGCCAAGAUCUUUUUGAUAUCCCUUGAAACCAGAAGACGGGUAAAGACUUGAUUGACCUCCGACAUCAGGUGUGCAACAGUCGCCAGGAUGGCAAACCGCACCUUUGGCAAGUUCUUUGACCUCCCCCUCGAGGUCCGGGACCAAAUCAUAUCAUAUCUCUGCCUGCUCCCGAACCCCAUCCAAAUUGGCCCCACCGAGGCCGCAGAGAUCCCAUUCCCGCACCACCUGCUACUCUCGCAUCCGCUCCUCUAUUCCGCCGGCUCUACCCUGUUCUACGAGCAGAAUCGCUUCGUCCUCAACCUUCAGACCGGGCCGCGCGCCGCCGUCGAGCGCGCCAUCUGCGACACCAGCGUGCCCUGGCUCCUCGGCAAUGAAACGGCCCGCCGCCGCCUUCGGUACCUCGAGCUCUCGCCGGGCCGCCUGGGUAACGUCUUCCUCACCCAUGUCUCGCCGGCCAUCGCGGACAUGAUUCUCAACGGCGCCCUGCGCCACCUCAAGCUCGUACUGUACCCGACAAGCGCCGACAAGGUGGUCUUCAAUCAGGACGCCGCUGACGCGCAGUCACGGAGGGCUGCUAUUACGCGGCGGGACGACGCGUUUGCGCGCUCGCAGCCGUUCAAGGCGCUCCUGCGGUUGCUGGCUGACCCAGAUCUGGACACGGCUGAGCUCUACGUCGAUCCGAUUCACCGCGACUUCUGGUGUGAGUUUCAUGAGGGGGUGGCCUGUUGUAAGGGACACCGGAAGGGGCCGUGGCAGCUGAUUCCCAUCGACUGGAGGAGGCUGGCUGCUAGUUAUGGCCAGGAUCACGAACUCAGCAUCGUUCGGGUGGGUUACUGAGUGCUUCGUGGACUUCGAUUCCUCGAAUCCACGCUUGAUAUCAAUUUUCCGUGUCAUUGCCUGAAAUGAGUCUGGUCCCUCAGGAUUACACACCGGUCUCUUGAGCCGAUGCUAUUCGUAGCCUCUCGGCAGGGGAUUUUUCUUUUCCGGAAAAGCUCGAGGGUCAUGGAGGCAGGGGAAAGACCGAUGAACUCCUCUCAUCUGGUCUCGCCAAACCAGCUUCGUCUAUAACAUAAACCUCUCGCUAACUCCUUGUUUCACUUUCAACUUUUCGUCUACAGACUCGACGUGGUUUGUCGACCUUGACGCUGCGAGUAAUUUUCAAACUCCGAAAUGGCUGCUGAGCACAAGAAAACACUUCGCUGUUCAGUCAGUAGCCUAAGAAGACAACUAUCAGCCGGGUUGUAAUGGCGGCGGUCUGCCUGUGCAUACUCACAUGGUUUGGAACUAGCCAGGUUCUUUCGACAAAGUGACAUAAGGUUCUUUGAGGCCAAAUUCGGAGCGUCUUCAAGAGGAAGUUGGAGGACUCCGCCUACGGCACCGAGAGCUCGGCGAGUACAUGUGGCUACAAAUCAAACCCAAACAUUGUGAAUCCCGGGAUGGGGGGUUUGAUUUGGGCAAUACCGGAAGACUCGAGACAUUGAAGAAAUCGAUAGGAAUUCUGACAGCCUCUUCACUGUUUCUAUCAGCUUGAGGCCUUCGGCCAGGUCCGGGAACCUCUGUCAUGACAUUGAAGGUCAGCCAGCACCUUGUGGCUAACAGCUGACUUUCCAAAACAUAUCAGUCGAGGCAGCUGAUUUCGAUGUAACAGUUU